AUGGCUUCUGUUUACAAGCAAUGGUUGAAUAACAGGAAAGUGAAAUGGAAACAAGCGCAUGAACAUUUGCUAUCGGUUGAUAAAAAUGGUACAAAUAUAAAUAAAAAUCAACUAAAAAAUGUUUUAAUCCAGUUGAAAGAUACAGAAUCAAGCAAAAAACAUAAAUUAAAUGACUUAUUAGAACAAGCGAAAGAUGAUAUUGAUAAACUGGUAGAUCUAUUCACUUUUCAAAUACCUGCAGUGAAAGGUAAAAACAUCCAGUAGUUCACAUAUUCAACUUUCUUCAUGCACUAUAUGAGUCUUUUCGUGAAAUUGCCUGAACCACGACGAGGGUAGAGGCGCAAACUAUACAUUCCUUCAGGUAUUUUGAUGGGAAUUUCUCGCCUGUGUUCCGAAAUGUGGUCAAACACUAAGACCUGGAAGAAAGGAUUUGCGUGGUAUACGAUUUAUUUCGCAAACGAGUAGUGAGACUACACAAAAGCAACAGUAAAGAAACUUACAAAUAUAUAAAAGUCGAAAUAAAGUUCAUUCUUUACAGAUCGCAAUUAGAAACCAUCUCAUGAUUGGUUCUGGUCGUUGCCAUCAGAAGUUCCAUCGACGGCGCUUUCCAAAGUAUCCAACGAAGCCAGUAACGGCCCCACUAGUUUCUACGAGAAAUGAAUUUACGAUGAUUAGAAUAAAAGUAAUUAGAUAUAAAAAAAUUUUAUUUUUAUUAUAACCUAUUAUUUACUUCCCAGCAAGGAGCUCAUGAAGCAUCACUAUAAUAUCACAAACAGGAAACACGAGCCGGAGCCGGACCCGGACCUGCGACGGACUAAACUUCGGAAAUAUGUCAAAAGGCUCAGACUAUCGUCAGAUUUGUGAUCAUUUGCUUCCUGAAUUAUCUAAUAGAACAAAUAUCAAAGAAGUUUUACUUGAAAAAAUUCAGUCAAUGCGCAAUUCCUACUAUAAAUCGAGAGCAUUAAGUCAGUUAGCACAAUUCUAUGAUGAGAAAAGUGAUGAACUUUUGAAUGAAUCUUUCAAAGUAACAAAAACUAUUCAGAAGCCAAUUUUAAAGUUUCAAGUUUUGGAAAAUAUUUUUAGCAUUGCUCAUUACAAGGAAGUUAAGCAUAAAUUGUUCAUCAAGGAAAUACUCAACGAGCUGACCUAGCAUAUAGUAUGGCUGUGCAUCUUGAUACAGUUGUGCCUGAAGAACGCUAGAAUGAAAAAACCAAUAUUUGAUAAGAAUGAAAUCUACAAAGAAUCAUUUCUGACAAUAAUGAUUCUCGAAUUACUCACUGAAGAAAAAUCUACAAUAGACUUAAUGGAAGAAUUGAGAAAGCAAGUAAAUAGUCAACAAUUAUCCAAAGGUGAAAAGACGGACACGUUAAUCGCAUUAAUUGCACGAAACAAGUGUUGAUGUACUUAAUGAGCAUAAUGAAUAUGAUUAUGUUUUAUCGUAAUUUGCAAUAGACUGAUGUUAGAAUAAGGAGUAAAUGGUGGAAUCCAGUGAUCUAGAAUCUAAAAGUACAGUGAAUAUUUAUUAUAAGAAAGAAAACGGUGAAAAAUGAUAGUCAAUAAAAUAAUAGUAACAAUUCCUUAAGGCAGAUCGUUAUUUGAAGUAGAGUAAUAUUAUUCUUUUGACGCU